AGGACUACCCUUCAACCUCAGUUUUGUUUGUUUGUGUUGGCUAUAUAUAUUUUCAGAUGAAGAGUAGAGACUCUAUAAGAAUGAAGUGAACUACCCACCCAAGAGUGUUAACAAUCCCCCUUCUAUCUUAUUGAAGCAUUUAUUUUUUCAAAAGAAACCAAAACAUGGUAGUGAAGGUUUAUGGUCCCCAUUGUGCCUCAGCCAAACGUGUGUUGGUUUGUCUUGUUGAGAAGGAAAUAGAAUUUGAGGUUGUCCCUAUUAAUGUCUUGAAGGGUGAACACAAGGAUCCUGAGUACCUCAAAUUACAGCCAUUUGGAAAUGUUCCUGUUAUUAAAGAUGGAGACUAUACCCUUUAUGAAUCUAGGGCAAUAAUGAGAUAUUAUGCAGAAAAAUAUAGAUCUCAAGGGGUUGAGUUGCUAGGAAAGACAAUAGAAGAAAAGGGUCUUGUGGAACAAUGGUUAGAAGUUGAAGCACACAACUUUAACCCACCAGCUUACAACUUGGUCAUUCAUGUUUUGUUUCCUUCACUACUGGUUGACGGCACUCCAGAUCCAAAGGUAAUUGAAGAGAGUGAAGCAAAGUUGGUGAAGGUGUUGAACAUUUAUGAAGAGAGACUAUCAAAGAACAAGUAUUUGGCUGGUGAUUUUUUCAGCCUUGCUGAUAUAAGUCACCUUCCAUUUACUGAUUAUAUUGUUAACAAUAUGGGGAAAGAUUAUUUGAUUAAGGAGAGGAAAAAUGUUAGUGCUUGGUGGGAUGAUAUAAGUAGUAGACCAUCAUGGAACAAAAUUCUUGAGUCAUAUAGACCUCCGGUUUAAGUCUAUGUUUGGAUUGACGAUCAGAUUGACAAAAUUACUAUGAAUCACCGCGAUUUUGAUAAAUGUUACAAUUUAAAACUUCUACAAAAUUGUGGUAACAUUGUGAUUUUGCUAGCUAAAAUGGUUGUCCAUCCCAACAUACACUUGGUUGCUCGAAGAAAGUCACUUUAAGGGAAAGUGCAUGGAAUUAGUGUUAUCAAUAUCAUGUUGGUAAAGAAUAAAAUGAUUUUACUAAGUUUAAGGGAAGUGAGGGAUUUAUGGAGUGAGUGGGUUAUUGUCCACCAUUCGUUACUUCUCUCCUUUUAUUUUUAGUUAUGUUGAAGAAUUUGGGUGUGCUCAUGUUUUUUGCUCACAUUUUGUGAUCACUCUUUUUAUUUUAUAUGAAUCAAUAAAAUUAUAUAUGUGGAACA